AGCGGUGUACUAACAAAAGUGCUGACAAGAUGGGGGAUGAUGGGGUGAGGGAUGGAAAGGACCUUGUGGCGGAGAGUGCACAGGAGAAAUGGAUAGCAAGAAGACUGGCAAGGUCUUCAGGAAUGAGCUGAUGCCGAACGAUGAACGAGUCUUUUCGAUCGCAAAGAAGAAGAAAAUCGUUGUCGGAGGGGUGGAAAGGCGCCCGCAGGAGAUCAGGGCUGCAAAAAAGGCGCUGAAAAGACUGAACCGGGUUUCUGUAUUGGGGAACGAAGAUGGUACUGGGACGAAAGUGGUGAAGGAAACACCUACGCCUGGCAAGUAUGCGCACACACGUGCUAAGGGAAUUGUUGUGAAGGGAACUGUGCUUGGAGACUUCAUUCGGAAGGUCGCAGAGGAGGUCCAACACAUGGAGGCAGAGGUGGAGGAGGAGGAAGAGCAGGAGGAGAGAGAGAAGGAGGAGGAGGAGGAGGAGGAGGAGUAGGAGGAGUAGGAGGAGAAUAUGGGAGGAGAUAGUGGACCUGCUCUUGUCGAAAACGUGGAAUCAAUGAUGCUAACCUCA